CAGCAUGACUACUGCCGACAAGAACAAGGACUCUACUGUCACUACCAAGGACAAAAAGGACAAAAAGGACAGUGUGCCGAGUCCUGCUACGGAUAAAAAGGACUCUGUGAAAAAGGGAAAGGAUGGGAAACCCAUAGAGGAAGAUGAACUGUCAGAAGAGGAUCAGCAAUUAAAGUCUGAGCUCGAGAUGCUGGUAGAAAGACUAAAGGAGCAAAAAACCGACCUGUACAGACCUGCACUAGAGACUCUUCGGACUCUUAUUCGCACAUCCACUAGCUCAAUGACUUCGGUUCCCAAACCACUCAAGUUUUUAAGACCUCAUUAUCCUAUUCUUGUCGAGUUGUUUGAAAAAUGGCCCGUUUCUGAAGUCAGGAAAUUUCUUGCAGAUAUCUUGUCGGUAAUGGCCAUGUCCUAUGCCGAAGAAGGAAAACGUGAUAGUCUGCGUUUUCGCAUGGCUGGUUCAUCCGAGCCUGCUGGAUCUUGGGGCCACGAAUACGUUCGCCACUUGGCUGGUGAGCUUAUUGGCGAGUAUGCAUUUUUACAAGAGUCAGAUCGUCCUACUACCUAUGUUGUUGAGCAGGCAUUAGAAAUUGUUCCCUUUUUUCUCAAGCACAAUGCAGAAGGUGAUGCAUGUGAUUUGCUGAUUGAUAUCGAAUCUUUGGAUAAGCUUGCCGAGUACGUUGACAAGGACACCUAUGCUCGUGUUUGUCUUUACAUUAGCAGCUGCGCUCCAUAUGUAUCUCCACCCGACGAUGUAGUUAUUCUCAAGACUGCUCAUGCAAUCUAUAGGAAAUUCGAUCAAUUUCCAUCAGCCAUUCAGAUUUCUAUGAAACUCAAUGACGCAGAAAUGAUCAAGGAUGACUUUGAGUCGUGCAAAAACCCUGUUCUUCAAAAGCAGCUUGCAUUUUUGCUUGCUCGCCAGCAACUGCAUUUGGUAGUUGACGAUGAGGAUAUAAACGAAAUUCUUAACAAUACCCGUCUAAGUGAGCAGUUUAUCACCCUUGCUCGCGAUCUGGAUGUGCUUGAACCCAAGGUUCCUGAAGAUAUAUACAAGAGCCAUUUGGAAAACACUCGUCCUGGAGCAUCCAGUGCUAAUGUCGAUUCUGCCAAGCAGAACCUUGCAUCUACUUUUGUCAAUGCAUUUGUAAAUGCUGGAUUUGGUACUGAUAAACUCAUGAUGGGUACCGAUGAGGGCAGCUGGAUCUACAAGAACAAAGACCAUGGAAUGCUUAGUGCUGCCGCUUCAUUGGGAAAUAUUCUCCUUUGGGAUGUGGAAAUUGGACUUACUCAUAUUGACAAAUACCUCUAUUCUCAAGACGACAACAUCAAGGCGGGUGCCCUAUUGGCAAUCGGACUGCUUACUUCUGGUGUGCGGAAUGAAUCUGAUCCUGCUCUCGCUCUCUUGUCUGAACAGGUCAACGCAUCGAGUGCCAUUAUCCGUGCUACAUCCAUUGUUGGAUUGGGAAUCGCUUAUGCUCGGGGUGCUAGAGAAGAGGUUCUCGAACUGCUUCUUCCGCUGGUAAGCGACACUGGUCUUAGCAUGGAGCUUGCAUCGCUUGCUGCACUUUCACUUGGAUUGGUAUUUGUCGGUACUUGUCACGGGGAAAUUACCAGCACUAUUUUGCAGACUAUGAUGGAACGCGAGGAAGCGCAUCUCAAGGAUCCAUACGCUAAGCUCAUGGGUGCAGGGUUGGCACUUUUGUUCCUUGGUAAGCAAGACGCAGCCGAUGCUCCAAUUGAAACCCUUAAAGUUAUUGAAGGAGGCAUGUCCAAGCAAGUCGAAGUCAUGGUUGAGAUAUGUGCUUAUGCAACCACAGGCAACGUUCUCAAAAUCCAAAAAAUGCUCCAUCAUUGUAAUGAUCAUCUUGACCCAGAAAAGGAAGAUGCCAGUUUCCAAGGGUUAGCGGUGAUUGGCAUUGCUCUUAUUGCCAUGGGUGAAGAAAUCGGAUCUGAGAUGGCUAUGCGGGCUUUUAACCACCUCAUGCACUAUGGCGAGCCUGUUAUUCGCCGUGCCGUGCCUUUGGCUCUUGGUCUCUUGUGCGCAUCUAAUCCACUGGUCAAUUUACUUGAUCUUCUUAGCAAAUAUUCCCAUGAUAACGAUGCAGAUGUUGCACAAAACGCCAUUUUUGCCAUGGGAUUAGUCGGUGCUGGAACAAACAAUGCUCGUCUGGCACAGAUGCUAAGGCAACUUGCUGCCUAUUAUCAUAAAGAACCCAACCAUCUCUUUGUCAUUCGUGUUGCUCAGGGUAUGCUGCAUAUGGGUAAAGGAACGCUUACUCUGAAUCCGUUUACUAUUAACCGAAGCAUGUUUUCUCCUGCUGCUGUUGCUGGAUUGUUUGUGACUCUUGUUGCCAUGACGGAUACCAAAACCUUUAUCUUUGGUAAAGCACACUAUUUCCUGUAUUACCUUGUGCCAGCCAUGUAUCCUCGCUUCCUCAUGACACUUGAUGAAUCGUUGAAAAACAUUGUCGUUUCAGUGCGAGUUGGUCAGGCUGUUGAUGUUGUUGGACAGGCUGGUCGGCCCAAGACCAUUACUGGAUUCCAAACACACUCGACUCCAGUCUUGCUAGGUUAUAAUGAGCGCGCCGAAUUGGCCACCGAAGAGUUUUUAUCACUCUCUGGAGUUCUGGAAGGCUUUGUGAUUCUUAAAAAGAACCCAGAGUGGAUGGAUGAAGAUUCGACUGCAAAAUGAUGUUUGCUAUCAAUGGCUCGAUGAUUCAAGAGAGUACUUGUGAUUCAGUUUAGAGCGUGGUUUAGUGAGAUUCAAGAAGAAAUGAAGGAUUGAAUAUGGAAU